AUGGGGCCAUUACGAGAAAUAGUAGACUUAAAACGUAAAAAUUUAGAUCUAGCUAAAGAAUUUCAACCUUUUGUUCCGAAAGAAGGCAAUUUAAAAUAUGUCAAUCCAACUAAUUACAAAGAUUUUUUAAUAUGUAUUGUUCAGGCUGAUGGUAUUAAUCUUAAAAAUAAAUUAGAUAAAUGUCUUGCAAUUUCUUUAAGAGUUGACAGAUCUGUAGAUCGAACUCAGUAGAUAAGAGUAGUAAAUAACAUCUAGACAGAGUAGAUAACAUUCACAUAUUAGUUAAAAUAAUUACUAAAAAUGGUGAUCCAGAAAUGUCAUUUGUUGGUUUUGAAAAACCAGAAAUUAAAGGUGCAAUAGGACAUUUUAAUGCAAUUAAAAUUGCAUUGUGUAAAUUAUUUUAAUGGGAUAAAAUACUAACCAAGAUUUCUUCCUUUGUCACAGAUGGUGCUAAUGUUAAUAUUGGACAUAAAACAAGUCUUUGGGCGUUAUUUGAAAAAAACAGAAACGAUAAAUCUAUUGAAACUCCUUUUUUAAAAAUGUGGUGUGCUGUCUACCAACUAUUCUGCUUUAGCUUGGGAACCACUAACUACAAAUGUUAUUGAAUUUAAAAAAUGUAUACAACUAUGUUCAUCAAUAUCAAAUUAUUUUCAUCAAUCUGGAAUAAGAACAAGAUAACUAAAAUUGCUGAUGAAGAUAAUAUAAAUAUACUAAAUCGUCCAAAAUACUUUGAAGUAAGGUGGACAGAGUUCAUGUAUGAUUUAUUAAUUUUUGUAUUGAGAAAUUGGAGAAUUUUGUUGAAAUAUUUCAAAUUGAAAAUACCUAAAGACAAAAAUAAUACAGCAGCUGGAUUUUACGAAAUGUUAACUAAUGUAAAAAACUUAAAAUUAUUGUGCUUUAUGGUAGAUUUUAGUUACUUGCAUUCAAGAUUUCAAAAAUAAAUACAAUCUGAUGAUAUCUCUAUUUUUGACUUUGAAGAUAAAAGAAAUACAUUAAUUAAAAUGAUUGAAAAUUUAAAGUUAUCUGUAUAUACAGGUGGCUGGAAGAAUUAAUUGAAAAACAAUUAGUUUAUUCAAAUACAGAAGAUUCGGUGCAAAUAAUUACCUUGCAUAAUAUUGAGUUACAAGAUAAAAUGUUGCAAACCAGAAAGAAAAUAAUUCAUAAUUUGCAUGUAUCUGAUAGUCAUUCUUUUAAAGUUAUUUGUCAUGAUGCGAUUCAACAAAUUUUGACUUGCAUCAAUAAGCAUUUAGAUACUUCUGCAUUAUUAGAGUUAAAACCCUUAAGACAGUUUAGUGAAUUUGUUACUGCUGAUGAACUUAAAAAUUGUCAUAGAUUAAUUUACCCAGAUUAUUAGUUAAUAGAUUUUGUUGCAUCAUAUCAAGAGGCUUACGCAGUUGAAGAACUUAGAAACCAUAUUUCAAUAAAUAUUUUAAAAAUUGCGUUAAAAAUUAAACCUGGAAGUCACUAAGUACUUCAUUGGUAUGUAAUUAAUUUUAUUUUGUACAAUUUAAUAAUUUGAGCCCAACAUUUUUAUUAUUUUUAUUGUUACAGGCCAGAAUAUUUGCGCACUAAACCUCAUUCUGCAGAUGUAGAACGGUUAACUUCAUGUUGUAACAUUAUGAAAACCUUAAGAAGAAGUUCUUUAACAUCAGAAACUAUAAAAGAUUCUCUUUAUAUUCAAAUUAAUAAGGUUACUGUCAAUAAUUUCAAUUCACAACCAGCUGUAUUAAUUUGA